AUGCACUACCCUGUUUACGCCUUGCUGUCGGAUGAAGAGGAGUUGCCAUACCAGGCGGUGAUGCAGCCAGUCAGGAUGUCGGAUGAAGAGGAGUUGCCAUUCCAAGCGGUGAUGCAGCCAGUCAGGAUGUCGGAUGAAGAGGAGUUGCCAUUCCAAGCGGUGAUGCAGCCAGUCAGGAUGUCGGAUGAAGAGGAGUUGCCAUACCAGGCGGUGAUGCAGCCAGUCAGGAUGUCGGAUGAAGAGGAGUUGCCAUACCAGGCGGUGAUGCAGCCAGUCAGGAUGUCGGAUGAAGAGGAGUUGCCAUACCAGGCGGUGAUGCAGCCAGUCAGGAUGUCGGAUGAAGAGGAGUUGCCAUUCCAGGCGGUGAUGCAGCCAGUCAGGAUGUCGGAUGAAGAGGAGUUGCCAUACCAGGCGGUGAUGCAGCCAGUCAGGAUGUCGGAUGAAGAGGAGUUGCCAUUUCAAGCGGUGAUGCAGCAAGUCAAGAUGUCGGAUGAAGAGGAGUUGCCAUACCAGGCGGUGAUGCAGCCAGUCAGGAUGUCGGAUGAAGAGGAGUUGCCAUACCAGGCGGUGAUGCAGCCAGUCAGGAUGUCGGAUGAAGAGGAGUUGCCAUUCCAGGCGGUGAUGCAGCCAGUCAGGAUGUCGGAUGAAGAGGAGUUGCCAUACCAGGCGGUGAUGCAGCCAGUCAGGAUGUCGGAUGAAGAGGAGUUGCCAUUUCAAGCGGUGAUGCAGCCAGUCAGGAUGUCGGAUGAAGAGGAGUUGCCAUACCAGGCGGUGAUGCAGCCAGUCAGGAUGUCGGAUGAAGAGGAGUUGCCAUACCAGGCGGUGAUGCAGCCAGUCAGGAUGUCGGAUGAAGAGGAGUUGCCAUACCAAGCGGUGAUGCAGCCAGUCAGGAUGUCGGAUGAAGAGGAGUUGCCAUUCCAAGCGGUGAUGCAGCCAGUCAGGAUGUCGGAUGAAGAGGAGUUGCCAUUCCAAGCGGUGAUGCAGCCAGUCAGGAUGUCGGAUGAAGAGGAGUUGCCAUACCAAGCGGUGAUGCAGCCAGGAUGCUCUCGAUGGUGCCGCUGUAGAACCUUUUGA